AUUCUUCUCCCACCUCUACACCAUGACCGUCGUCUUCUUCAACUCUUACUCCUCGAAACUGCAACCCUCAUCAGGUCCAUCACCAACGGCGUUUCCAACUCCGAAAAGCGUCCCAUCACCACCACCCAGUACCUCAAAUUCAUUGAAGAAAAGAACCCAACAAUCAUUUACUCCGCAAGAUCGUCGUCGUCUUCGUCGAGGGUGGACCAGUCAUCGAAUGAAUGUGCCGUGUGUUUGUCCGAGCUUGAAGAAGGUGAAAAAGUGAGGAAACUGAAAUGCAAACACACUUUCCACAAGGACUGGUGGCUCCAUCAGUGGGCUACCUGUCCACUUUGUAGGACCAAAGUUUUGCCGGACGAGAUCGUGGCUAAUUAUCACAGGCUGCAAAAUCAGGUAGAAUAUGAUGGAAGUGAUGAAGAUGUGGUUUUCUUGCUGUCUGCACUUCAUGAUAAUAGUUUACACAGAUGGUUCUGAUCAGUUCUGUUUUGUUAUACUUAAAGGACUCUUAAGUUAUUUUUUUCUUAUAAAUUUACUUGCCCGA